CAGACUUUGACUGUAGGUUAACUGCAGAGGACCAACAUCAUGACUCCAGCUUUCUUCUUCUCCCUCUUCCUGUCAAUGACGGUCGUUUCUCUGAGGGCUGCUGUCAUCAAAGAUCCAAGUGAUGAGUUUUUGGGUGCCUCAGCGAUCAUUGAAAAAGUCAACGCUAACAUAUCAAAAGGCCUGGUUCAUGGCGACAUUGCACCCACUUUAACCAAGAAUGCUGAUCCAUGCACAGCCACUGGCUGCAAGUGGCCCAAAAGUGGAAGCCAUGUCACUGUACCUGUCUCCAUCUCCUCUGUAUAUUCCACCCAGGAGCGCAACAUCAUCAUCAGUGCCCUGCUCACCUUCCACGAGUCCACCUGCAUUCGCUUCGUCUGGAGGACAGACCAAGUCAAUUACCUUUACUUCUUCUCUGGAGAAGGGUGUUAUUCGUACGUGGGCCGUCAGAGCCGAGGACAGGGAAUCUCCCUCCAGAGAAACGGUUGCUUGUUCCAGUCAACGGUGCAACACGAGGUUCUUCAUGCUCUGGGCUUCCACCAUGAGCAGGUCCGCUCCGACAGGGACCAGUAUGUGAAGAUCCUCACCGAGAACAUCAUCCCGGGACAAGAGAGCAACUUUGAGAAAGUGCUUACCAACAAUUUGCAGACUCCCUAUGACUUCAACUCUGUCAUGCAAUAUGGCAGAUACUCCUUCUCCAGGAAUGGGCAGCCAACGAUUGUUGCUAGGUCCAAUCCUAAUCUUGACUUCGGAAAUGCUUUUCAGAUGAGCGCCAAUGACAUUGCUCGUAUAAACAGGCUUUAUGAAUGCUAACUUUGGCAUGACAAUUCAACUCUACAUCCAAAUACUUCAGUUCUCAAAACAUCAGGAUUACAAGAAGGAGCAUGUCGUCGAUGCUGCAAAAAUAUGAAAGAAACAGGAAAUGUGCUGCAAAGUUUUGCAAAUAUGUCACAUUUGUCACAAUUGAGAGAUCAAGAUCUGAGUCUUUGUGUUAGAGAAUAUGCUUAUAUGCCAGAGGGGUCAUUAUGUUUCUCAUCUUUGUUAGUCAACUAUGACUACCUGAUUUCUUUCUUCUUUCUUGUAAUUUGAUAAUAAUUCAGAUUCUAAUUGUAAAUGAUGCAGACAUAGCCCCAAGCCUUGUGACCACCACUCGCUUCAAACAAUAAUCCUGGAAUCAUCAUGAUUGUUGUCUCACUCUGUAGUAAAAUAAAGUAAUAUUAGCAUGACAUGUCUAACAUUAGCCAUGUUGAAAUCACCAAGUCAAACUAAGGAAUAUUUAAUCCCAGCAUACAUAACUUUGGCAGCAUCUUCUCUUUUUUUUUUUCAUGCCAUCUUUUUUCUUCGGGUUGCUCGUCUCUUUCUGUAAUAAAAGUUGAAUCGAAUAAA